AUGCCCCCACCCCCUGGAGGGAUAAAAUGUAAUAUUGAUGGUGCCUUUGAUGACAUUUCUGUGGAUAAUGGUGUAGGCUAUGUGAUGAGAGAUUUUUCAAGCAAAGCCUCCUAUUGUGCCUCAAUAGUUUUCGACGUGGAUUCUGCUAAAGAAACUGAAGCUAGAGGUAUUUGGGCAGUUCUGGAAAAAGUUGUGGAGCAAAAGCUUUCUCAUAUCAUUAUUGAAAGUGAUGCUAAGGAUCUCAUCGAUCAAUUUUCUGUUGGAAUGUUUAACGGUGAUCCUAGUACGGAUACUAUCUUUAAGGAUAUUCAACUUUUCUCUUCUAGUUUAGUAGCUUGUGUAUUUUCCUUUCAACCUCGUAUCUGUGACUCCGUGGCUCAUGAGCUUGCUCAAUGGGCAGAAAAAAACAAAUCUUCUAUGUACGGGUCUGUGCCUCCAAUUUGGCUUAUGCCAAUUAUAGAGGGGGAUCAUUAG